CAUUCCACCUCUAACAGUGCACUCCGAGAAACCCAAGAGCCCGUACUAACAACACAAACAUGGCGGCUACUGCCACCGACACACAUCAAUAAGAACAUCGCCAACAAGUGGGACAAACAAACUUUCCUGGGAUUAUUGUAGCGUGUGCGCUCUUUACUAUCAACAGGGAUCCCCUCCAUUCUCACAAAGGUGAAGACUGAGUAUCGAGGCGGUCAGAUCAGCAACUUGCCUACAUGUCAACGUCCUCUUCUUUAAAAGAGUAAACAGCUGGCACAGGCCCAGCCAUGAUCGAGGACAAGGGCCACCGCGUGAGCGACUACUUUGUGGUGGCGGGCCUGACAGACCGGUCCGCGCCCCUGGAGCAGGACCUGUCUGAGGCCAAGGCUGGCGGGCCCAAGGCGCCCAUCUGCGAGCUUGCUGUCAUCAACCGCUCGGCAGGCGAGACGGUGCCUGAGGGCUUCACCUGCAUCGAGGUCACGCCUGGCGGACAGCCCGCCAACCUCAACCACGGCAGCCUCAAGAGCCCCGAGCUCUUCCUCUGCUAUAAGAGGGGCCGCAGCAAGCCCCCGCUCAUCGACAUCGGCGUCCUGUAUGAGGGUAAGGAGCGCCUGAUCCAGGGCUGCGAGAUCAUCCAGGCGACGCCGUUCGGCCGCUGCGCUAACGUGAACAACAGCUCGGCCACGUCACAGCGCAUCUUCAUCACGUUCCGCCGCGACCGGCCAGUCCAGCCGCAGAACUCGCUGUCCGUCACCGACAUCUGCGUCAUCAUCACCAGCAAGGGCGAGACGCCGCCACACACCUUCUGCAAGGUGGACAAGAACCUCAACUGCGGCAUGUGGGGAUCCAGUGUUUUUCUUUGCUACAAGAAGUCAGUGUCUGCCUCCAACUCCAUCGCUUACAAUGCCGGCCUGAUCUUUCGCUACCCGGAGGACGACUACGAGUCGUUCCCGCUGUCCGAGUCCGUGCCCCUCUUCUGCCUGCCCAUGGGCGCCAAGAUCGAGUGCUGGGCGCCCAACACGCCAUACCCACUGCCCGUCUUCUCCACCUUCGUUCUCACCAUCUCGUCCGGCGAAAAGGUGUACGGCGCUGCGAUCCAGUUCUACGAGGCGUACCCACUGGAGCGGCUGAGUGACCGCCAGAAGCAGCAGCUUGGUCUGGUGACCGCCGUGGAGAAGAAGCUCAUCACCAACCGGCCGGUCAACACCAACAAGUGCAUCUGCCUGCUGUCCCGCUGGCCUUUCUUCGAGGCCUUCCGGAAGUUUCUACUCUUCCUCUACAAGCUCUCCGUGUCCGGCCCGCACCCCCUGCCCAUCGAGAAGCACAUCUCCCACUUCAUGCACAACGUGUCCUUCCCCUCCCCUCAGAGACCCCGGAUACUGGUCCAGCUUUCUCCACAUGACACCUUAAUCCUGUCUCAGCCUGUGUGCACUCCUCUGCCUCUGAGUGGGGCGGACUACCGGACGCUGUUGAUGAAUCUGGGGGCUGAGAACUGCGCCAUCGUGCUGCACUUUGUGCUCAUGGAGAGCAAGAUCCUGCUGCACUCCCUCAGGCCUGCCGUGCUCACAGGGAUCGCAGAGGCCGUCGUAGCCAUGAUCUUCCCGUUCCAGUGGCAGUGCCCGUACAUCCCCCUGUGUCCUCUCUCCCUGGCGGGCGUCCUGAACGCCCCCUGUCCCUUCAUCGUAGGCGUGGACUCCCGCUACUUUGACCUCUACGACCCUCCCCCGGACGUGGUGUGUGUGGACCUGGACACCAACACCAUCUAUCAGUCGGACGAAAAAAGACACUUGAACUGGAAGAAUCUCCCAAAGAAGCCGUGCAAGAACCUCCUCAGCUCCCUCUGCAACCUGCAGAACCAGCUGGCACUUGUGCGUCGCACGGCUCCUGAGGGCUCGGCCUUGGACAUGACCCCCAUCGAGGCGGACUUCACCUGGCAGAAGAAGAUGGCGUCUCUGGAGAUGGAGAUCCAGGAGUCCUUCCUCCGCUUCAUGGCCACCAUCCUCAAGGGCUACCGCAGCUACCUCAAGCCCAUCACCCAGGCCCCGUCUGACAAGGCCACGUCAGCCGACUCCCUCUACGACCUGCAGGGGUUCCUGAAGAGUCGUGACCGUGCCCACCAGAAGUUCUACUCUCAGCUGACCAAGACUCAGAUCUUCAUCCGCUUCAUCGAGGAGUGCACCUUCGUCAGCGACAAGGACACUGGCCUCGCCUUCUUCGAUGAUUGCAUCGAGAAAGUGAGCAUGCCACACACGCUCACAGGCACACACGCUCUCACACACACACGCACACACCCCUCUCUCUCUCUCUCUCUCUCUCUCUCUCUCUCUCUCUCUCUCCCCAUCUCUCCCUGUCUCUCUCUUAGUUAUGAGACGUUCCCUGCCCUGUGUCUGGACCUGUUUGACCGCCCUCCUGAGCUGCGUCCAGCUCUCAGCAGUCGAGCCGCGGGGGCCAGUCUGUCCAAUAGCCCCGCCCUGCUGGCCAAGAGGACCAAACAGGAGAUCAAACUGGCGGUGAAGAUGGCGAGGCGUCACUAUAGCAACCCCCCGCUGUGGGCGCGCUGUCUGAUCAGCCACUGCUACAGCAUGUGGUUCAUCUGCCUGCCCGCCAGCGUUCGCUCCGCCCACUCCAAGACCCACGCCAUGCAGCAGGCCUUCAACGUGCUGCUCAAACUCAGGACCUCCGAGGUGGAGAUGCUGGACGAGGUGUGCUACCGUGUGGUCAUGCAGCUGUGUGGUCUGUGGGGAAUGCCCGUCAUGGCCGUCAGAGUGCACAUGGAGAUGAAAAAGGCUGGUGUCCAACCCAACGCCAUCACCUACGGAUAUUAUAACAAGGCGGUUCUGGAGAGCACCUGGCCCAGUCAGAACCGCAGUGGUCUGUUCAUGUGGACCAAAGUGCGCAACGUGGUCCAAGGAGUGGCUCAGUUCAAGCAGGCCAUGAAGGGGUCCUCCAGCCCUGAAGAGGGCGCUCUCAUCCCCUCGAUUGUGUCAGUGGACGGCAGGGGGCGCUCUGCUGAGGUGGACAGACUGAGUCAUGGCAGUGGCGACAGCUCCAACGAGCCCAAUGGAGACGAGCAUGUACUCUUCUCACGCGGACUCUCCACAGACAACCACUGCAGCAACACAGGGGGUCAGUCAGAUCAGGGUUACGGCUCCAAAGACGAGCUCCACCAGGAGGUGAACUCCUCUGUACUGCCAGCUCCCAUCCAGCCAAUCAAUGGCCCCACACACACUGGUGGGGACAUAGCUGGUUCCGUGGACAGUGCGGUUGCCGUGACAACACCACCCAGUCCAGCGGACGUGGCGCCCCCUAGCAUCGUCAAGCUCUCCACCGGGAGCUUCGACGGCACCACGGCCCGCGAGAUCAGCAGCGGAGGUGCAAGCAAGCUUUUCAAGCCACGCCGCAAAAGCGAGGACAUCAUCCUGCCCGAGGACGACGUUUGCCUCCCUGCCGUCGUCGUGACGACGGACGGCGCAUCCGGCCCAGGCAGCGGUCCCAGCGAUGCGUCCGGCACCGGCGCGAGCAGCAGCAGCAGCGUUUCCGGGGCGACGCGUGCGAAGGCGUUUGCGGAGCGCAGCUGCAGCUUCAGCACGGAGAGCCGGGCGGGCAUGCUGAGCAAGAAGGGCAGUCUGGAGCUCAGCAUGGCCGCCCACAUGGGCGCCGACGCCCGCAUCCUCGCCCACGCGCUGACCGGCGUCAAGACGCCGACGUCAACGCCGCCCGCAUACACACACACGCCCGGCGGGACGGCCACGCCCACACCAGGCGGAGGGUCGGCGUGCUUCGCUUUCCCAGAGCAGGAGGGAGAGGAAGAGGAGGAGCCUGAGGAGGAAGAGGCAUCGGCAGACACGCCCACACCCAGAGAGGAGCAGGAAAAGGAGAAGGAGGCUGACAAGGAGGAGGCGGAGCCUGAUGAGAUGGACGGCGGAGAGCAGGCCGCCUCAGAGGUCACGACCCCGUGCAUGGCACGGAGCAUCAGCACGAUCUCGUCGGCGUCGACGCGCGUGGCCGAGCGCCUGGACGUGGAGGCCGGCUCGGACCCUCUGUCCCUGCUGGCGUCGGAGAGCGAGGACGCGGCGUCGCUGCAGAGCCAGGAGUCUCAGACGGGGGUGCCCUCCACGCCCAAGCGGCAGCUGGCCCACGAGAUCGAGCUCUACAUGAGCCUGGGGUCCAAAGCGUCCAGCACGGAGCUCGUCCAGACCUCCCAGGCCGCCCCGGACGCGCCGGACGCCGACGCCGAGGUAUCCCAGCAGCCUCUGCUUCACCCUUCGCCCCCGUCCUCCUACUCCUCGGGGAAGCAGUCGCUGGAGCGUCGGUCCAGCCUUCCGGCCGCGCCCCCUCCGAGACCGCCGCCGCCGGGCAGUACCGGGAGCACGCCGAAGCGCAGUCCGGCGGCCGUGACGCGCUCCAAGACGUUCGCGGUCAAGUCGCGGACGAUGGGUCAGCCGCAGAGCCCGGCGCGCUCGCUCGCCUCGCCGUCGGUGUCGCUGUCCGCACUCGUGCGGUCCUCGCAGAGCGCCUCGCUCGGCUCGGUCAUGAACUCCAUCUCGGCCAUCAAGAUGGACUCACUGCUCUCGGGACCCAAGAUGGACGUCCUCAAGUCCGGCAUGAAGCAGGCCGCCACCGUGGCCAGCAAGGUGUGGGGAGCAGUGGCCUCGGCGUACAACUACUCCGACGACGAGGAUGAACAGGGCCAGCAACGUGACGGUUUCCCGGCCCGUCUGGACGACCAGUUCCUGGCAGAGGAGGGGCCAGGAGCAGAAGGCCACACCCCCAGGGGGUUGAUCCCCAGCCUGGCGUCCAAUGGGCUCACACACAGCUCUACCAGCCUAGGAAGCAGCAGUGGGAGCAGCGACACACACCACAACACGCCCAUGACUCCAGGACGCUCGAUGAGAGGCGGAGACUCAGAGCACAGCUCCUCCCAUCAUGCCAGCUCCUCCAGCAUCUACCAGAACUGCUCCUUAGAGGUAUUGAUGUCCAGCUGUUCCCAGUGUGUGAAGUGUGAGUGUCUGGUGUACGACGAGCAGAUCAUGGCGGGCUGGACAGCCGACGACUCCAACCUCAACACCACCUGCCCCUUCUGCCAGAGCUCCUUCCUACCACUGCUCCACGUGGAGUUCCACGACCUACGCCCACCCAGCGGCUUCUACCUGAAGCCAAGUGAGUCUGGCGACAGCCUCCAAGGCACUCAGCCAAUCACCAUCUCCGAACAGAAGGUCGGCUCCACCCCCAACCCCAGCAACUCCAGUGACCUCAUGAGCUUCCCAGAAUCCACCGAGGAAGGAGAUGAGGACGAGGAGACCGCCAGCAGUCGAACUGCCGCACAGAAGACGUUGGUUCUGGAGCCGGCGCAGUCGGACCCUCUGGGCAUUGUGGAGAAGCGUGGCACCUCUCUGACCCGGAGCAACAGCGUUGGCGGACCCCUGCAGAGCCUGAAUGCCAGCCAGCGGCCCAAUCACGGCAUCUCCACCACCAGCCUGCCCAAUAGCCUGCAUGAUGUGGCGGAUUCCUUGGGGCAGAAGCGUCCCAAUCCGAAGCCAGUGUCGGUUCCGUACCUGAGUCCUCUGGUGCUGAGGAAGGAGCUGGAGUCUCUGCUGGAGAAUGAGGGGGACCAGGUGAUCUACACUCACAAGUUCCUGAGUCAGCACCCCAUCCUGUUCUGGAACCUUCUGUGGUAUUUCCGCCGUCUGGACCUGCAGAGCAACCUGCCCGGACUCAUCCUCACGUCCGAGCACUGCAACAACGGAGUACAGCUGCCCCAGUCGUCCCUGUCUGCGGACAGUAAGCAGGUGUACAUCCAACUACUGUGGGACAACACCAACCUGCACCAGGAGCCCACAGAACCACUCUACAUGCUGUGGAGGAGUUUCAUGGAGAGGAAAGGGACCCUGGAUCCCACUGACCAUCAGGAGACGCGCACGCUGCUGAACAGCAUAGUCCGGAGCAUCCAGACCAACGAUGUGUACUCCCCCAUUAACCUGCUGCUCCGAGAGGUCAAACGACACCCAGAGGUCAAGAGGCAGAGGAGUAUCUACAGAGAGAUCCUGUUCCUAUCCCUGGUGUCUCUGGGCAGAGAGAACAUUGACGUGGAGGCAUUUGAUCGCGAGUACCGGCAGGCGUUUGAUGAGUUGAGUGCGGAGCAGCAGAAGGCCCUGUCCCCCAUGGACCGCCCACCCAACAAGAGUGUGCAGUGGUGCCUCAAGACGUUCGGCGCUCCCUUCAUCUGAUGCCCCCUAGGGGUCUGGAGGAGCAACAGCACCCUCCCAAACACCCAGCCACCCACUCAACAGCCCCAAACCCACCCUAACAACACCCAUCCCCCGCCCCCCAACCCCAACCGCAACCACCUCUGGAACUACGCUGGGGUCAACUCUCUAGGGGUCAGGGGUGAAGGGUCUCGGCGCUAUGGAAACGGGGUUUUUCUGUUUUUGUUUGUUUGUUUGUUUGUUUGUUUGUUUGUUUUGUACAGUUGAUGGCGACUUUGAUAGCAGCACCCUGACCCAAAGAUGGUACUUUUGAUUCUCUCACUCUGGCCACAUCAUCACCGCAUUUCUUCUCUUUUUGUCAUCUUUUUCAUCCUUCUCUCCGUGGGCCCCCCACUCUCCGCUGCGUUGUCCAGACAUCAGGGUGUGAUUGAGGCCCUCAGUUCCUCCUGCAGAGUCUUCGGACGGUCCGACUCUCCCCAUGUGACUGUUGAAGCACACUGACAGCAACGUGUGUGUGCGUGUGUGUGUGUGUGGGGAAGAGGUGUUGUAGUGUGAUGUGUGUUUUGGAUGAAGAUGAUUGUGUGGUCAGGUCAGGUCUAAAAAUUCAUCUCUCCUCACCCACACACACCUGAUGUUUGACCCCCCUCCCCCUCUCCGCCGCAGCAACAGUUGCCGAGUGGGUGUGUUGUCCUACGCACCAGGGUCGCCAUGACAACCAGUCUUAACUAUUUGAUGUGCACUUUCAGAUGAUGGUUGUUCUGUCGGCCGGGGUGGUUUCCUUAUAAAGUCUCUUUGAUUUUAGUUGUUCGUUUUUUAUGUAUAUAUUUUUCUACGUUGGGCCUGUGUGCAUGUGGUCUGUGUGUGUGAGAACCGGGUUGCCUUUUUCCCAGAAUGGGCUCUUUUGCUGGGACUCCUGGGUAAUUUGUCUUUAACAGCCAGCUUAGGGGGACACUAAGAUGUAAGGAAUGUGUGUGUGUGUGUGUGUGUGUGUGAGGCAUAUGGCUUUGUCCUGCAGGCGUGUGUGUUGUGUGUGCGUGGGCUUGCGUGUGUGUUCAUCAACAGAUUGGCUAGAGUGUAUGAUGACUAGAAAAAUUGUAACAUUGUAACAGACACAAGAUUAGAACAUUCCAGAAAUCACAAGAGAGUCUUAAUAAAGGGUGGUGACGGUGGCGUGUGCCCAAUCGUGGAUGUGCAGACCAGGCAGAAGCACAUCUAGUCAUCAGUCGUCAGGGUCCUUUGAGAUACUGUUGCAUGACUAUAAUCUUCUUGGGAGAUUAGCCAGUUUCCGAGUGGCUCUCUCUUUUUCUCUCUCUCUCUCUCUCUCUCUCUCUCUCUCUCUCUCACACACACACACACACACACAAAAACACACACCCUCGUCUGUUUCUCCAACACACAGUUUAAUUGUUACACACCUGUACAGCAAAUGAUAAUGACAUAGACAAACACAUACGACACACCAUAUCUAUAAAAAGUAAGAAAUAAUGUAUUUACACACUUAAUACAUAAACAUGCACAUGCACAAUCUAUAUACACAGUGCUUGUGGUGUUAUACAGGACAUUUAGUCUUGCCACCUCAGCUGUGUGUGUGUGUGUGUGUGUGUGUGUGUGUGUGUGUGUGUGUGCCCUUCUAGUGCUCAUGUUUUUAACCACAAAUGUUUUAAUCACUCUCACACGACAGGGGCACACACACACAGACCGAUGUGGAGGACACACAUACAUACAUACACACACACACACACACACACACACACACAUAUCUUGGGCAGUUUUGCACAGUGUAAAGAUGCACACAAACACGACAUCUCCAGUGUUCUGAGAGAGUGACCAUCAGCUGAUGAGAGGGUGAGUGUAGUUCUCGUGCCUUGCUGAAAAAGGCUUGGGAAGUUUUUACAGCUACUAAAGUAACACAACAUAGCCUGCCUUAAUUUAUUUGUCUUUCUCUUAACAUUUUUGUAUAGCUGAACAUGCAUUUAGAAUCAAUGAGUGCUCACUGAGAGGGAGUCGGAUAUAUAUAUAUAUAUCCAUGUUUUCUGAACUGGUUGCUUUGCAGUCGUAAAAACACUCUAAACGCAUCGUGCUCCUUUAACUGACUCGCCAAUCAAAUUUGUUGAGCUACAGGCUUGUGGAUUCACUGCAAAAGGGCUCUUGGGGACCUCUAGUGGACGUUUUGAGAAUCACACGAGGGUUUGAUCGGAGGAAGUAGGCUGCUCGUAAUGAAUAGCUAGCAGAAUGUGAAGUGUACUUACUUACUUAAUUAAUUAAUUAAUUAAUUAAUUAUUACUGGGACAAUACUACUGCUGUUGAACCCAUGGGAGGGGGGUGGGCGGAGCAAAACAUUCCGACUUGUAUGUGUCUGUAGUGUGUAAAAAACACACUUAUGUAUUUGGUAUCUCUACAGUGUCACCCCCUUUAAGUGAGUGUGAGUGUGUGCGUUUCUGAAUCUGGGAAAACCUCAAAUGUGCACAUCAUUUUUUCUUGAUGUUUUUUUUUUUUUUAUUAUUAUUAUUAUUAUUAUUAUUAUUAUUUAGAGUGUUAAAACUUGCCCUUGCACAUAACUCGAUGUAUUGUAAUGUAGAAUCUCCAUUUUCUCCUGCAGUUUAACACCUUUUAACACCAAGUGAUUUCUCACCUUUUUUUGUACAGUCUGCUUGUGUCCUUUCCUCAGAGGUGGACAACAGAAGCUGAUCCUCUCCUCCGACAACCACCAGACCUGGACCCAGCACGGCCAAUGACCGGCAAUGGAGGUGACCCCCAGUCCAGGUCAUGGACCGCUUUCCUAUACAUGGGUUAAAUGAGUUAAGACUUCAUUGGAGAUCUCUACUGAGAAAAAGCUUUUAGUUUUAGUAGUUGUUUUUAAUAAGCUUUAAGCUUACUAGGCUUACCAUCCUUAGGCUUUAGUACUAGGCUUACCACCCUUAAUCCAUGUAUGGGAAAGUUAUGUGAAACUUUUUAAAUCCAGCUUUAUGGCUAAAACCACAACCCUCCAGGGCCCCUUCGGACCAGGUCUGGGUAUGAGGAGGAGGAGAGGGGGCUCUUUGAAGGCCUCCACCAUGUCGAUUCCCUUCUGUACCGUCCUGUGGAAUGAAUGUUGGUCUACGCCUACAGAAAUAUACUGCAAUAAAUGAGUUUGGACAUGAUUGAA